AUCCAAGCAGUCGAGGCUCAUAAGUUCAACAGCUAGAUGUGUGUUCAGUGCCAUUACUAUUCCAUCUUAAAAAGAAUUCGGUUCGAUCCACAGUUCGUUCGACUAAAUUCGAGUUUUUGGCUUUUCUAGCAACAGAAAUAAAGUGCGAGUGUGAGACAGACAUCGAAGAGUGUGGGGAGUGAGGAGAGGUAAAGAGCAGCAGCAAGAUUCUUCGGAGCAGGAAUGGCCCACAUGGAGUUCAACCGACAGGACUCGCGCAUGGGUUUCGGCGGCGGGGAUGCGGACAACAGUCUGAUCCGGCGCCACCGCAACGAGCCGCCGCACGUCUUCGACCCAGAAUUCGAGGAGGAGGAGGAGGAGCUGCAUCGCGCCCAGCCCCGGGUGGGGAUAGUCGAGUACCCGCCCGUCCAGUUGAUUGACAUCGAAGAGCCCUUGCCGCGUCCCGAGCGUGUUGAGCGACCCAGCCGCACUCGGCACCGUGCAUCCAGACGGGCCCGUGAUCCCGCGCGGGAACGGGUCUUGAUAUCUGUGCCCUGUGUUAUACCGACGCCGAGGAGCAACCAGCGCAUGAUUCCUGGCUCCCAAAUGAUCUGCGAGACGCAGCCGGAGCCCCUGGUCCGGCGCGCGGGCGGCAGUGUCGAUCGGAGCACUGACUACGCCCGGGAGCGAAAUGCGCCCCUUGAGAUCAUCCGAUUUGCUCUCAGACUGGGCUACAACGCCCUCCUCUACCCAUACGAGUUUGCCAAGAUCCUCAUCCAGCUGGGUCACGAGCCGCUCCAGGCCAGGCCCUACACUUGGCCGUUCAUCAACAACCGACCUCACCUCUACCUGCCGGGCGUUCACCAGUACGUCCAGCACAUUCAGCAGGUGGACGGCUUCCGCGGUCUCUACCGCGGAUUAACUGCACGGCUGGUUUCCAGUGCGAUCGAUUACUUGCUAGGGGACAUUCUGCUGCACGUCCUUCGACUGAAGCCGUUCCGCCGCGACGGCCCGUCGUGCCGUUGUCCGCCCGGAGGGAAGGAGUUCCUCUAUAAUCUGUUCCGCGACAGCAUUCGCCUGGUGACCGCCGUACUCCUGACGCAGCCCUUCCACGUGAUCAUGAUCCGCCAGAUGGCCCAGUUCGUGGGCCGGGAGACCAUCUACGAAGGCCUCGCCGGCAGCCUGAUGACCCUUGUCAACAACGACGGCUGGCUCGGCCUGUACGCCGGCGUGGCGCCCCGCUUCCUCAGCGAGUGGCUCGUCCUGGUGGUGACCAGUUCGAUGAGCCACUUCUGUCGCCGCUUCAUCCGCCUGAAUCGCGUGCAGCAGCAGUACAACGCCGUGCUCAUCCAGAUGGCCGCCAGCCUCCUCGUCUAUCCCCUGGAGGUCACCGGCUCCUGCAUGGCCUGCACGGGGGCGCCUCUAGUGGCCUGCGAGCCUCCGAGGAUGCCGCUCUACAACCACUGGGCAGACUGCCUGACCGACCUGUAUGCCAGAGGUGGACACAACCGAGGGGCUUUGCUGUUCUGGCGCACCAUACCUCGGAUUCAGAUGCAGCGCCGCCAGCUGGAGGCUCCGCGAGCCAUCCUGAGGGCGGCCUAGAGUCCUGGAGGAGGAGUGACUGGGAAGUGGGUGUUGUAGAUUGGGGAACGUGCACGUCGAAAUUGUGGAGUGGAGGAAGGAUGUUGUAGAACGAUGUUUGGAAAAGCAAAGACUAGAAGAAAGAAGACGAAAGACUGAAUUCGGAGCAGCCUGAAACUGAAGACCAAGAAGGCCUCGAGGAAUAUACGAGAGAGCAGCAAGCAUAGAGAUUAGGAGGGAAGAGAAUAGGACUAGGAGUCGAGAAGUCAAAAUUUAAAAGUGUCUCAACAGAGUUUCGAACGGUACAAGCGGAUGUUCCCAGGACAUGAGAACAGACUGAGCUAGUGGUCUGUGCAGUGCUCUAAGGACAUAGCUAACGUAAUGACUGUAAGUGUAAAGUAAAUGUAAAGGACAUCCGAAGACUGAUAAGCCACAAGGACACUAGCUCUCGGACGCGUGAAACUCAUAGACGAAAAAAAAAAAACAGAAAAUACUUCAAACAUAUUUAAACAACUGUUGGAAGAGUUAGUUAUAUUGUUUAGGAGUUUAGGCAGCAUCUACGGACUUGCGCCGGAGGAUAAAUGCAAACAAGGAUACACGAAGAACAAGGAUACACAGAAAGCAAGGAUAAACGGAUAUGGAAGGCUCUCGCCUUCCGAAACAAUUUGGCUCAAGGAUUUGGCUCGAUUUCAACGUCUUCUGAAUUCAAAAUCCACAGUCUUUAAUUUUCGGCUAGUAGGCGUAAUAAACCGUACGGUAGUGCGCUAA